UGGCAAACAACACCCCUCCAUGUCCAGACGAGUUUGAAAUUGCAAAAAUUGGCUCUGCUCUUUUUUCUGAAUUGUGAAUUCUACGUUGUGUUACAUCGAAAAGAUAACAAAUUUCUGCCUAUAACUAAUUGUUGGUGAAUAAACUGAAUAUUUAUCUCGAUGUAGUAUGGGACUUGAAAUGAACCACUGAUUGUGGGACAAGCUUUUUAUGAAAAAUGAAUCGAAAUAAUCACGAAGCUACACCAGAUCGACCAGAUCGUGAUGUAACUAACGUUUUUCGCACUCCUGUGAACCCCAAACCUUGUUCGUGGAGUCCAAUUCUUCAUGCAAUUACUCCAGAUUUAAAUGCUCCAGACUCUGAAUGUGAAGGCACUCCUUCACUGAUUCGAAGUUUAGGUAUUGAUCCAGAGCUUAAUGUUUCUUGGUCAGCCAACAUGGAAACUCCUACUCAAACACAAGUGUCUCUUCCUGGAUUCACAAGAAUUGAUGAACAGCAGAGUUUUGACAGCAAAGCAAAGCCCUUACAGCCCCGCCAUUUAUUUCAAAAUGAAAAUAAUCCAAACUUAGGCAUGAUGAAAGAAAUGCUUCCUUCUGGUAAGGCAUCUAAUCAAAAAAAGUGUGAGAAAACAUUUCAACAUAAUUCAAACACAGAAGAUUUGUUCAGGCUUUUGAAAAGACCUGCUUUAAAAUUUAUUUAUCCCCAACCAGUUUACGUAAAUAUUCAUAGUAAAACCCAACCAAUGUUUUCAACUAAACAGUUGAACAAACAGACAUCUGGGAUAAAAACAGAGAAUCAAUCAGUCACAUACCUAGAUUCACCACAAAGCAAUUUACAAGAGAUGAAAAAAAGUCUUGAUUUUUCAAGUGAACCUGUGGUUAACGUUCUCCUUGAUCGUUCAAGUCAUACUCUACCGGCUGUCCCUUUUCAACAAAAAGAAGUUCAUGUUAUUGACUCUCUCCCUACCAAAUUCGCAACUGACGACGAAUGUCUGAAGCAAAUUAGUUUGAACCUUGAUGAGACCAAGGAUUUACCCUUUUCAAGAAACCAAGGUGAGGCUGACUACUCAACAUCUUCCAAUGAUGACCAAAAACACUGUGAAAUUAUAGCCUCACGAAAUGUAUUUGAAAGUGUUGGUUUCAGUACUGCCGCUGGUAAGAAAGUAUCUAUUUCUGAAAAAGCCAUGAUUCAAGCAAGAGCUAGACUUGAAGAAAUUGAUAAAGAAGAUAUUGGUUCAAAAACCAAUCCGUCUAUUCCAAAAGAGUCCAACAUUUUAAUUAAGAAACAGCUCACCGAAAAAAAUUGGAAUUCAGAACAUACGCUUCAGAAUUUUGACCAUCUUAAAACUGUAGGUUUCAGCACCGCUAAAGGCAAGCCCGUUCAUGUUUCUGACGAAGCUAUGUCUAAGGGCCGAGCCAUGUUUGCCGAAGUCAAUGAAGCUCCAUCAUCAGACGUUCUCAAAUAUCAAGAAACAGUUGGAUUUAGUACUGCCGGUGGUAAAAAAUUCUCCAUAUCAGAAAAAGCUAUGAUCAGAGCAAGAGCUAAAUUCGAAGAAAUUGAUGAAGAGGACUUAACCAUUACGAAACAUCAAGUAACCCGAAGUAACGCAAAAAUCAAUUAUUCAAGAGAGAAAAGGAUGGCAGAAAAUGAUUGGAACUGUGACAAUAUGCUGCCUCAGAACUCUGAUAUACCAAAGGCAGUAGGCUUUAGCUCAGCCAAAGGAAAGCCCAUUCAUAUUUCGGAUGAAGCAAUGGCUAAAGGACAAACAAUGUUUGCCGAAGUAAGUGGAAACCCGUUAUCAAAUCCAUCAUCAAUUACCUCCGCAUACCCCGAAACGGUUGGUUUCAGUACUGCUGGUGGUAAAAAAGUUGCCAUCUCGGAAACGGCUAUCGUCCGAGCCAAAUCACUUUUCUCUGAAUUUGAAGACGCUAAUGUAGAUCCUACUGAAUUUCCUGCAACAGCUAGUUGUAGCAGGGCCAACGUAAAAAAAAGCGUUGUCUCAAAGGAAGCAAUUGCUCGAGGUCAAGCUCUGCUAGAAGAUGUUUGCGAAAAAAACACAGAAGAUGAACACGGUGGAACUACAAAGACAAGUGAGAAAUAUGCCGCCGUCCCGAAACAAAAUUUAUCUAGGUCAGGAGAUUCCAGGAUUCGUGCCAAAACUUCCUCCUUUAAAGCGCCUAGGAGAGUAACGCCUGUGCCUGAACCAGCUUCUCAUGGAUUGGAAACUACCGAUUGUAACCCCGUUCAGGUUCCACUCACUGUUGGAUUCAAUUUGGCAAGCGGGAAAGAAGUAAAAGUAUCAGAGUUGGCUUUAUCCAGGGCUCAGAAAAAUUUCGAAGAACCCAUUGUAAUCGAAGAAAUCCCGAAAAUUGUCGAAACUGUACAGGCAGUAAACAUCAACCACAACAGCAGCCCCUCACCUUUUCCAGUGAAAGACGAAAAUGCUGAUAAGAAGAGGAAAAUGGAAGAGGAAGACGACAAGGAUUACUGGGUAUCUUCACCGACAAUUGGCAAAACGAAAAAAGCAAAGAAGCGAAAAAAUUUUACCGACAGUCCUCGAUCACAACUAACCCAAAUGGCCACCCCAGGAACACCGUCGGCGUUUGAAUCUUCCACAGUGUCAGCAAAAAUAAGAGCUUUGAGGAGAAAAGCACGCGAAGAACAAAAUGCAGUGAUCCAGCGCAAACGAUCCAAAGGCAGAAAACCUUCACCUAAAGCCGGAUAUCUCUAUCAACAAAAAAAAGACGGAACUUGUAGAAAAACAUGGAAAGAGCUGAUUGACAACUCCUCAUUGCCCGAAAUCGUAGCUCCAUAUAAAUUAUUAGAGGACCAUGGAAUGCUUGCUGCAGUGUACCAAGUUCAAGCUUCGAGCGCUUCAUCGUUCAAUUUUUGUGCGUGGGAUCAUUUCCCCAUUGAAGAUUGCCUGCAAAAUUCAAAAGGCGUUCAACUUGGUGAAUUUCUGGUCAUAUUCACUGACGAAAAUAUAAUUGGCUGCGAAGAAAUUGGAGCUAGUCUACUUGCUUCUGAAAACGUCGAUCCAACUCUAAUCAGUUAUGAUUGGAUACGCAACCAUUAUCGCUGGAUCGUUUGGAAGCUAGCAUCAAUGGAGAAGAGAAUGCCAUCCCUCUUUGCGCGUACGUGCCUGACAAUGAGCAACGUACUUGAACAACUUAAAUAUCGCUAUGACAAGGAGAUUGACCGCUGCGAAAGAUCAGCACUGAGGCGCAUUAUCGAACAGGACGACACUGCAGCUAAGACUAUGAUUUUAUGUGUUGCUGAAAUUCGAUCCAACGGUCCGGCCAUGUUGGAACUGACGGACGGAUGGUACAGCAUAGAAGCCCACUGCGAUACGGCCAUGCAGCAACUGAUAGAAAAGAACAAAAUAUUCGCUGGUCUUAAACUAGUAAUCUCUUGUGCUGAGCUGGUGUCCCCGGGUCCGUCUGCCCCGUUAGAAAAGGGUUCUGAUACCUAUCUAAAAAUAUCGGCAAACUCCACUCGACGCGCACGUUGGGAUUCCAAAUUGGGAUUUUAUUCCAAACCGUUUCCGUUUCCUAUCUCAUUGGCAUCAAUUCUGCCAGAAGGAGGUGUCGUAUCUCAUAUUCGGGUGAACGUCAUCAGAGUGUACCCCAUGAUGUACAUGGAGAAGGCAGCAGAUGGAAAAACGAUUUUCCGUGGCGAGCGUCAGUAUAGAAGGAUAACUGAGAGUGCAGCCAUGCGAUUUGAGCGAAUGAUGGAAAAGGUCGUGGAGGAUAUUGAGCGAGAGGAAGACGAACAAGAGAGAAAGAGAAUACGAGCCGAUGGAAAUCGUCAUCGCAGUAAAGAAAUCAACUUAACAGAUGAAGAAAAACGAUCCCGGAUUCUUGCCGAAGCCCAAAAGCGUAUGCAGAUGAGCAUGAAAUCGAUUGAAGGAGUACCAAUGCUCAAGUUACGCUUAGUUGAUUGUCGUGCUACUCAUUUGAACUCCGCAAUUAUUUCAAUUUGGCGACCCAACGAAGAAUUGCAGUAUAACAUAAAAGAGGGACGAGCAUAUCAUUUGUACAACGUCAAUGCUGCUGGACUACGAUUUGGAGAAUUGCAGCUUAAUGCGAUGAAGAACACUAUGUGGAAGGAAAUGAAACAAUCUAACCUCACUCCUGAUCUCGACCGAAGUGUGAUAGCUUUUUCCACGGCAAACCAACCUGGAUUCAAGCCCAUGUUCAAUGAAUUGGAUAUUGUGGGCUUAGUGGUUUUCGUUGGCCUUCAACAAAGGCCGUUUCAGACAGCAAUAUUAUCCGAUGGCAACACUUAUUAUGGCGUCAAAUGCUGGGCGAGUCUAGAGGAUUACGCUUUGGCUGAUAUUAUUGUUGUUGGAGCGUUCUUGGCCUUCUCAAAUUUGCAGUGGAGAGCCACGGCGUGUAGGACCGCAUCCAAAAUGCAAUUCGCUUUCAUUCAUGAAGGCACAUUGGUCAGCUCUAGACCAGCGCUGAAACAUUUAGAUGCUGCGCUUAAUGAUCUCAAGCAAUCAGUUAAGGACCCAGCCGCCUGCGUGGCUGAAGCCGAAGGGCAGGUGGACACACUUUUGGGAAGCGCCACUCCUCAGUCGGCCACUCCAAAAUAUGGGACUGAAGUUUCUAGGAGAGGUGGAAUGUUUACUCCUACCGGUGUCGAAUACUUUGGCGAUGGGAAAAAGAAUGAGACGCCUACGUCCUCAAAUGUUGUGAUAAACCGCGCGCGACUUUUGGAAAAAUACCCGAAUCCUCCAGCCUUGUCCCCUUGGAACGGAUGUGCUUCGCCACUUGUUCGCCAAAAAUUCAAACCUCCUGCCAGAAAACCACCUGCUGUGUAACUUUUGUAAGUUUGUUGUGUUAGGGAAAUCGUAAGUCCUUAAUUAUGGAUGUGUGUGAAGUUGAGUCAACAAAGGAGCCACAAAUUGUUUGAUUUUGGGCUAGUUUUUGUACCCAUUCUGGUCUGUUAAUUUAUCUUUCACUUGUUUCAGUUAUAAUAUGUGCAAUCAGUUUCUCACCUAGACUAUAUUCUAUCAACACAGAUGUAUGUUUUCUAAUUUG